CGAACUUUUGUGGAAGGCACGUUGGUGCAGCAUCAACAUGUCGAGCAGCAGCACCAUGAUCAUACGGCAUCUCGUCGCGCGGAGGGCCCCCGCGCUCGCACGCAGGUCGCUCCAGCGAAGAUGCUACUCCACCCACACACCCGACACUGCAGACGCACCACCAAAGACUUUCGAAGAGAAGUGGGAGCGUGAAUUCCGUUCGGGCGUGGGCUUCGACAGUCCCAGUCCCCCAGAACCCUCGCCGUCCCCAUCCUCGGUCGGCAAGGUGGCAGAGCAAUACUUUGCGCACAAGCAGCAGUCGAAGCAGAUGAGCAGACUGGGCGCCGACAUCAGCCCUCACUACCAACCGCACACCCUCCUCACCAACCCCCCCGCCCCCGCUGACGUCACCCUCGAGCUCCUCCUCGCCUCUGAAGCCCACCAGGGACACGUGACAUCGCUCUGGAAUCCCGCCAACGCGCGCUACAUCCACGGCAUUCGUCAAGGCAUACACAUCAUCUCGCUCGAGGUCACAGCCGCGCAUCUGCGACGAGCAGCCAAGGUGGUCCAGGAGGUGUCGAGAAGAGGUGGCAUUGUUCUGUUCGUCGGUACGCGUGAUGGGCAAGACCGCGCUGUGUCUCGCGCGGCCGAGCUAGCCAAGGGGUACCACCUGUUCGAGCGCUGGAUCCCCGGAAGCAUCACGAACGGCAAGCAGAUCCUGGGCCGCUGCAAGACCAAGGUCGUCAACGAGCACGAUGCCGACGUCGCCGGUUUCGAGGAGCAGCUGUACGACCGCCCUGUGCUGCGUCCAGAUCUUGUUGUCUGUCUGAACCCGCUGGAGAACUACGUCCUGCUGCACGAGUGCGCGCUCAACAACAUCCCUACGAUUGGUGUCAUUGACACAAAUGCUGAUCCUACAUGGGUCACCUACCCCAUCCCGGCGAACGAUGACAGUCUUCGCUGCAUCCAAGUCAUCGCCGGUGUUCUCGGCCGCGCCGGCGAAGCAGGCCAGAAACAGCGUCUCGCCGCCGCCGCUCAAGGCGAGAUCACCUACCGCCCAGCGCGCGGUCUCGUCGUACCAGAGUCAGAGGCAGAGGAGGCAGAGGUUGCGCAGGUCAAGAAGGGCGCAAGGGGCGCAGACGCUACGGAGGCUGUGAGCACGCCUGGGGUGCUCAGCGAGCCUGAGAUGGAUGCUGAUGCCGAGUUCGCCAGGCAUUUGGAUGAGGUGAACAACCACGAGGAUCGCAGGCAGAAGGGCGGGAGCAGCAUCAAGUUCUCUGACUAGAGCGUUGCAGUUGUACGAUUAUCAGGGCUUGCACUUGGGAAGGGUGCUGUAUUAGAUGUACAUCUAUGUCAAUGUACAAUAGCCAGCAAAAUAU